CUGAUUUACAUCAACACAAAAAUUCAAGCAAAAGCAGUCCCCCCAGAGGGCUGACCUCUGCUGGAUGCUAUUGCUGCUACAUAUUUGCUGUUAUUAACAAUAAGAUAAAUUUGUGUUAAUCACUUUGCAGCACCCUUCUAUUAUCUUCACUUGAAGAGGCCAUGGAUGCCAAGAAGCAGGGUAUACUCUCCAUUCUCGUAUCGGAUUCCGACACACCGGCGGCCAAAGGUACUUCGCUUAGAAGAACUUUGUCGGCCGAUAUGUCUUUGACACAACAAGGGUUAAUGUCUCCCCUGAAAAAGAGUCCUUCAUCCCAGGAAUUCCCUGUUUCUUCAUCAUUCGAAGAAGGGGAAGACGAUGAUGAGGCGCCGAGUCAAUUCGAUGUCUGGGCUUCCAUUCAACAAAAGAAGAAGGAAGUUGAAAAUCAAGGUAAGUUCGAUGUAUGGAGCUCCAUCGUAUCACAAAAGCCAGUGGAAGAGACUUCGAACUCUUCCCCGCCUUAUAUUCACCCUCUUGUGAAGCGAUCCGGUAGCUGUUUAAGCGAGAAAAGCCUUGAAAUUUGUACCGAGAGCCUUGGUUCCGAAACCGGCUCCGAUGGGUUCUCUUCGGAAACCGGUGACAUGGAGGAAGAUGAACAAGAGGAUCAACAACUGCUACACCAAAAGCAAGAACCAGUGGCACCCACGGUUACGCCUUGUUUCGAUGGUGAAAAGGCGGAAAUAAUUCCGAAACAUUACGAUGUUGGGAAGAAAUCGCCAAACCCUUCAUUUCCUCCGCCAAUCUCUUCCCUUUCGGCCAAAGACGGAGCAUCGAGGCGGUUGAAGACUCGUCGUGAUAAUGGAAAAUUGGUCAUUGAAGCUGUUUCGAUGCCUUGUUUGAACAACUUUCUUGCUCAACGCCAAGACGGUCGCCUUGUCCUCACUUUCGCGAAUACCAAUGGUGCUGAAGAAGAAGUAAUGGAAGUGGAAGAGUUAGAAGAAGAGUUUGAAAGCUUCGGAGAAAAAGAAAGUGAAAUAGACAUUGAUGAAGAAGAAGAGGAAAGUGAAGAUAGAUGUUAUGAGAUUGAGCAGGCUCCCAAACUGUCAAGUGGAGCAAUCACUGUGCAUAGGUUAGCCGUGAUGAUGAACAAGCCGAUGUGGUUAGCAAAUAGGAACCCAACAUGGACUAAAGAUAUCAAUGAAAUAGUCAAAUUCGGAGACGAAAAGGAGGGGAAAGUAAAGCCAACAGUAGCACCAACAUCACUAGCACAGUCAUUGCCACCACGUCCACCGAUGGGUAGGCCAAUUCCAAUAUCACCGUCGAAGGCAGGAGCAGGAGCAGGUACAGUUGUAUCAUUCAAUGCUUAUGAGUGCUACUGGAGGAGGCCGAAUCAGGGCAUGUCAAAGGCGUCACUUGAUCAACAGUCACAAGAAAUGAAAGUGAAUAUUAAAGGUGGUGAGUUAGUUCCAUUGUCGAAAGGCUGCAAGGAACAUAGGAGACCCCUUCUAUUCUGGGCACCUCAUUGCAUUGCCACUUCCUGAUGAUUAAAAUCCAUGCCUAUAAUAUUAUUUUUGUUCUCUCCUAGCUAGUUUUUUCCACAUCCACUCUUUGAGGAGGGUGAUUGUGUCUUCAAAAUCCCAAUAAAAAACAUCCGAGGGAGAGAUAUAUAUAGUAGAUAU